AGCGGGCGCGGUGCAUUGUGGGCAGAGGGGCGGGGGUUGGGAAGAUGGCGGCUCCCAGCCUCCUCAACUGGAGGCGGGUUUCCUCCUUCACGGGGCCGGUCCCCCGCGCCCGGCACGGACACCGGGCCGUGGCCAUCCGGGAGCUGAUGAUCAUCUUUGGAGGGGGCAACGAGGGCAUCGCGGACGAGCUGCACGUCUACAACACGGUUACAAAUCAAUGGUUCCUACCAGCGGUUAGAGGAGACAUCCCUCCAGGUUGCGCUGCCCACGGAUUUGUCUGUGAUGGUACCAGAAUAUUAGUGUUCGGGGGAAUGGUUGAAUAUGGAAGAUACAGCAAUGAGUUGUAUGAGUUGCAAGCAAGUCGUUGGUUAUGGAAAAAAGUGAAACCCCACCCCCCUUCUUCUGGUUUACCUCCUUGUCCCCGGCUUGGACAUAGCUUCUCUUUAUAUGGUAACAAAUGCUAUUUGUUUGGUGGUCUGGCAAAUGAAAGUGAAGACUCAAACAAUAAUGUUCCCAGAUAUUUAAAUGAUUUCUAUGAGUUGGAACUACAGCACGGUUCUGGUGUUGUGGGUUGGAGCAUUCCAGUGACUAAAGGGAUUGUGCCUUCUCCAAGAGAAUCCCACACAGCUGUGAUAUAUUGCAAAAAAGAUUCUGGAAGUCCUAAAAUGUAUGUCUUUGGUGGAAUGUGUGGUGCUCGCCUGGAUGAUCUAUGGCAACUUGACUUAGAAACGAUGUCGUGGUCAAAACCAGAAACUAAAGGGACGGUGCCACUUCCACGAAGCCUUCACACAGCCAGUGUUAUAGGAAACAAGAUGUACAUUUUUGGUGGAUGGGUUCCACAUAAGGGGGAGAAUAUUGAGACUUCACCUCAUGAUUGUGAAUGGAGAUGUACUAGUUCAUUUUCUUAUCUAAAUCUGGAUACAGCAGAGUGGACCACCCUCGUAUCGGAUUCUCAGGAAGAUAAAAAAAAUUCAAGACCAAGACCACGAGCUGGACACUGUGCUGUUGCAAUUGGCACUCGAUUGUAUUUUUGGAGUGGAAGAGAUGGCUACAAAAAAGCACUGAAUAGUCAAGUUUGCUGCAAGGAUCUUUGGUAUCUUGAUACUGAGAAACCGCCGGCACCAUCACAAGUACAGCUGAUCAAAGCCACUACCAACUCUUUCCACGUCAAAUGGGAUGAAGUGCCUACAGUUGAGGGCUAUCUUUUGCAGCUGAAUACAGACUUGCCACACCAAACUGCAUCAUCAGAUUCCUCACUGGCACCAAAUCUACAAGGAGUCAGAAUGGACCCUCACAGACCAGGCAGUAAUAGCACCGUUCCUAACAGUAUCAGCGAUACAACGAACAGUGCAAAAACUGAACAUACACCUAUGAAAGGAACUUCUGUGAAAAACAGACCAGAUCUCAAAGCAUCAACUGAUUUUAAUGCUGCUUUACAUCCAUCUAUGGCAACUAAUACUUCUAAUCAUAAUAGUUGUGUUGUGGAUAUGUUAAGGAAAAAUGAAGGUCCUCAUACUUCAGCAAAUAUAGGUGUUCUAAGUAGUUGCCUGGACUUAAGAACAGUAAUCCCUGAAACUUCUGUAUCCAGUUCUGUUUCCAGCGCACAAACUAUGGUAACCCAGCAGACCAUUAAAACUGAAUCAUCCAGUACAAAUGGGGCAGUUGUUAAAGAUGAAACUUCACUAACAACAUUCAGUACCAAAUCUGAAGUUGAUGAUACAUGUGCCCUGCCUGCAACUAAGAUCAGCCGUGUGGAAACACAGGCCACAGCGAUGUCAUUUUCUAAAGAGACUCCUUCAAAUCCAGUGGCCACAGUGAAAGCAGGAGAACGACAGUGGUGUGAUGUAGGAAUUUUUAAAAAUAACACAGCUUUGGUGAGCCAGUUUUAUUUGCUGCCCAAAGGGAAGCAAAGCAUCUCAAAGAUAGGAAAUGCGGACGUACCUGACUACAGUUUACUUAAGAAACAAGAUCUUGUUCCAGGCACAGGAUACAGAUUCAGGGUAGCAGCCAUCAAUGGAUGUGGAAUAGGCCCUUUCAGCAAAAUCAGUGAAUUUAAAACUUGUAUUCCCGGUUUUCCUGGAGCUCCUUCUGCAGUCAGAAUUUCAAAGGUCCUGCCCCUCUUUAGAGAAGAAAAGAUCUGCUUUCAGAAUGUUGAGGGUAUCCACCUUUCCUGGGAACCUCCAACUUCACCUUCUGGAAAUAUUUUGGAAUAUUCAGCCUACCUGGCUAUCCGCACAGCACAAAUACAAGAUAAUCCAAGUCAACUUGUGUUUAUGAGGAUUUAUUGUGGUCUUAAGACAUCAUGUAUAGUAACUGCUGGGCAACUUGCAAAUGCACAUAUCGAUUAUACGUCCAGGCCUGCCAUUGUGUUCAGGAUAUCAGCAAAGAAUGAAAAGGGAUAUGGACCAGCUACGCAAGUUCGAUGGCUUCAAGGUAUCCAUCUACCGUGCUGUGCCAAAGGAAACGGACUCUGGAGCCGGUCAGGGAAAGCUGGAACUGUGUUGUUAGGCAAGCCUACAUCUUGAAAGGUGAUAGCCAGCAGCCAGAGAAACGGACCCAUCCCAAUGUCAUCUGUGGCCCAUGACUUGAAGAGAUUCUGCCUUCUGGUUUUAAAAUCCUUAAAAUCAGGUAUAAAAAGCAGCAUUGUCUUGAAAGAAAUGUCUAAGGGGCUGUAGCAGCCAACAUAUAGGCUGUGUACAAACCUACUCGGUUUGGGGUGGUGACAUUUUCUCUAUGUGGUAAUACGAAGGUUUAACAAGUUUUAAAGGCUUUCCUGAUGGAGUUUAAGCUAAAAUCUGAAGGGUGAGACUUAGCCAGGCACAGGAAGAGAAAGAAUGUUCUAGGCAGAGGGAAGCAUACGUGUUUAAGGCCAUGGUGGGGAGGGCAGAAGACACAAAGCACUUGGCACAAGGAGCCAAGAAAUCAGGAUUGGAGCCUAACAAGCAAGAGGAAGCUAAACCUGAAGUGAGCAAAGGAGUAUAUCCAGCUCUAAAAGAAACCAUAAAUUAAAACUGAGUAUUAGUUGGGAUUGUUCUAUUUUUUACUCAUGAGCACACUAACACUUAAUAUGAGUUUAAAGUCAAUAUACCUAAACAUAAAUUGUCUAAUUCAGGGAAACCAAACAUACAUAUUUAAGAUAGCCUAGCUUUUGGUAUAGAUCUGACCCAGUAUCAUGUGAGUGAUUCAGAAAUGUAUUUUAUUAUAUAAAGCAACAAAUAUGGUCUUGUUUUGGACUACUGAUAAAAUGACUUACGCUAAAGAGAAAAUACAUAUUUUUUAAAAAUCUUGUACUCAAGGUUUUAUUCUUGGCAUAUGUUAGAAAUGAUUUUUUUUCAUUUGUCAUGCUUAAUUGAUACUGUUGCAGAAAUCCUUUUAGUUGGGCCCUCAUAACUAGGUUCAGCCGGAAUCAUUAAAGGUAACUGGCAUUCCUUCAUCCCACUAAGGCAAUCUAGAAAACAGGCAAUAAGGCAUGUUUUGGAAGAAAAAAAAAAUACUGCAUAGAUAUUACACUGUAGGAGGAAAAGAAACACAGAUUACAUCAUCAUACUCAAGUAUAUGACAUUGGGAAGGUAACACACAAAAUUCUCUCUAGACUAAAGCAUCUGUGUUAGAAUGAGGUAGUGAGGGGGAAGACCGAGGUUACGAACAUCCUUCCAUCUGUGACUUAGUCACUGAAGCCCAUCUCUCUCUUAAAUACUCAUAAAAUCAGUAUCUCCAGAGUUGUAAAGAAAACACUUUUAGGUUAAUGUACAAGCUUAUUUGGUUAAGAAGUUCUAGGGGAAGAAAAUGUGACAUUCAAUUAAAUGCAACCCAGGCCAAGGAAGAAGCCGACACUGCCUCUCCCAUGCAUGGAAGGAGAUUGCGUACCUGAUCCCAGCAGGGUGCCAGUGUCCUUUCAGAGGAUGAAGGCCACAUAACCCAGACUUGACCUGAUUUUACCUCAAGUUUCAGUACUACCAACCAAUUACUAACUUUAGACGUUUGUUGUGGUUUGUAUUGAUACAAGUCUUAAAGUUGUCAUCUUUAAACUGAUUUUAGAGGAAGAGUCUGAUAAUCAAAGACCAAGGGCCUUUAUCAGUUAUAUAGUGAUAUACUGCCUGGAUCAAGUAGAAACUAUUUCAUAAAUACAUUAAUAGAGAAGUAUCAAAGGCCUUCAAUUUUUAUGUAUCUGUUUAACCUAGCAAUACUACUUCUAAGAAUUUAUUUCAAGAAAACAGUCAUCGAUGUACACAAGAUUCAGUGAAGUGUUGUUUAUAACUGUGAAAAGAUGCAUAUAGUCAAAAUGUCCAAUAGAGGAUUAAAUAAAUUACGGUUCAGCCAUACAACAGAAUAAUAAAUGAAUAAAAAUAAAAGACCAUGUAAUGACCUGGGAAGGAUGUUUACAAUAUAUUGUUAAGUGAAAAAAGCAGGUUACAAAACAGUAUGCAAGUAUGAGCCCAUUUUUAUAAAAAUAUACAUAUUUAGCAAAGUAAAAGGACUAAUGAUAUUUACCAAAAUAUUAACAUUGGUUAUUUCAGCAUAGUAGGAUGAUAGUUGAUUUUGCUUAAUGCCCCUCCUUUUUUUGCCUAUUUGAAUUUUCUGUAAUGAAGAUUAUCUUUUAAAUGGGAGGGUAGUGAGGGAGUUCUUAACCUCAGAUUAGUCCAGAUGUGCCCCCAAAGGCGCCUUCUGGCAAAGUAAAUAUUUCUGUUCAGCCUGUAUCUGUGAAAUUGCUUCUAUCUUAUAAAUUUGAGUGUCCUUCCAAGAUGACAUUCAAACUGCCUUUUAGGCAAACUGUACAGUAGCAGUUGUUGAUAUUAAAACAAAACAGUUCAAUUACCAACAAAAAGGGGGAAAUACAAAUCCUCACUUUAAAAAAGGAACAACUCGAGCACAUACUACUAAAUUAUACAAAGUCAAACUGUCUUAAGUUUAGUUUAUUGCAGAGAUCGAGACGGUGGCGCACUCGGAGCUGGGGCUUCUGUUUCACGGCAUCGGUCCGUCCGCCAUCCGUCCGCAGCACUCACUCUUCUUCACUGCAUUCACUCACCCAUGCGGAAAAAGGUCUGUGGACACGUGAGGAUGUCUAACGCUUCCUGGUUCCCAGAGUGUAACAGGAAACUUGACGUUUCGAUUAAAAAGGUAAAAUGAGGACAUUUACCAUCAGACUAUAAAAUUCCUCUUCUGGAAGAGGAUACUCUAGUAUUUGAAGAGAUGCUUUGGAAAAAUCAUAUAAAAAUGAAAGGGGCACCAUUUCAAGAGCACUAGGACUACAUUAAACUUAAUCCCAACAUUCAUAAUAAUGUAGCUCAAAAACAAAUCUAGUCCUAACAAAAGCUCCAAUAAACUAAAACUAUCUUAACAGGCACAAUGAACAGUGUAAACACUGUUAAAGGGCACCAAGUUUAAUAGGGCAGACAAUAUUUGCUUCUGCAUUCACACUUAAUUUUUCAAUUACAUUUUGUAAAAAAUGGUGCUGCUUAAGCUAUGAAUGUUUUACAAAAAAUUAAUUUUAAUAAAUAUGGCAAAUGCUAAAAAUCUAGCUAGGUUACCAUGCAAGAUAUUAUAUAACCAAGACAAACUCAAAUUUAUAAUAAAGGCAACUUGCAUUCAAAAUGAACUCUACCCUUAUAUUUUAUUAAAAGGGCAAACAUCAUGAAUUAACCCAGCUGCUUACUUGAAUUACAAAAGUAACAUGAUUCAAUAUGAAAAUAAGAAACUGUCUACAAAUCUCUGACAGUAAUAAAUUGCAAUAUACAAUGCAUACAGGAGUCAUACAGAGCAACAAACUCUCGUACAAAACAAAAAUAUUUUAAUACCUUUAAAAUCCAAAUUUUUCUUUAAAAUCAUUCAUGAAAAAGAUUCUCAAGUCAGAAUUAACACCUCAAUUAGUCAAGCAUCAGGAAGCUACAUUACAGCUAUUUAAUAUACAAAGAGACAUCUUCCCCCAGUCAUUUCCUUCUAAUGUCUCUGGUUCCGGAAUCGUACAGACUCGCUUCUCUCCACUCCCAUUCCACCAUUUCUUCAGAUCAUGAAAACUGAAUUUGCUGAACACCAGAAAUCUAAGAUUAGAAAAUUUAAAUUGAGCAGGAUUUUAAAAAUAAUUUUCAAAUAACAUGUUAUAAGCAUUUAAAGAAUAAAAAUAGGAGAGGCGCCUGGGUGGCUCAGUCGGUUAAGUGUCCGACUUCAGCUCAGGUCAUGAUCUCGCGUCUGUGAGUUCGAGCUCCGUAUCGCGGUCUGUGCUGAUAGCUCAGAGCCUGGAGCCUGUUUCAGAUUCUCUGUCUCCCUCUCUCUCUGACCCUCCCCCGUUCAUGCUCUAUCUCUCUCUGUCUCAAAAAUAAAAAUAAAUAAACGUUAAAAAAAAAAUUAAAAAAAUAAAUAAAAAUCGGCAAUGAAAAAGAAAUCUACUUCCCACUCUCAAAUCAUUCUCUCUACACAAGGGAGCUACUUUAAUAAUUUCUUAAUGCAUCUCUCUAGAAAUCUAUGCAGAUACGAAUAUGUGUGUACAUAUUUAAUUAGUAAGAGAAUACACAAUUAUAUAUUUUGAGAAAGCAAUUUUUUAACAACUUUCUUUAUCAGGUCCUUAAUAAUAACAACACAAUUGAUCCUUGAAUAACACAACAGUUAGGUGAGCCAAUCUCUGCACAGUUGAAAAUCUUCAUGUAACUUCUGACCGCCCCCAAAAUUUAAUAGCCUGUCGACCAGAGCCUUAUUGAUAACAUAAAGUCAAUUAACACAUACUUUAUGUUUACAUGUAUUAUAUGCUAUAGUCUUACAACAAAAUCAGAGAAAAGCAAAUGUUAUUAAGAAAAUUAUAAGGAAAACACAUUUAUAGUACUGUAAAAAAAAUCCACAUAUAAGUGGACUGGUGUAGGGGUGCCUGGGUGGCUCAGUUGGCUAAAUGUCCGACUCUUGAUUUUGGCUCAGGUCAUGAUCUCACAGUUCAUGAGUUCGAGCCCUGUGUUGGCCUCUGUGCUGACAGUGCAGAACCUGCUUGAGAUUCUCUCCCCCCUGCUUAUAUGCUGUCUCUAUCUC